AUGGCGCUGUCUCUCAUGAAUAAGGACAAGUUUCCUCAAGUGGUGAAGGUCUCCAUGGAGAGCUCACCUUACUUCCAGCUCAUGAGCUCCAACAACGCGUACCGUGUCGUGCUGCCGGGCGCCUCUGUCCCUGUGCGCGUCCGCUUCACCCCUGACGAGAGCAAGGAUUAUUCCCACGAGUUCGUCUGCGUCACUGCAAGGGAAAGGAUCGUUGUGCCAAUUGUGGCCAUUGGUGCCCGAGCUGUGCUGGACUUCCCUGCCCAGCUGGACUUCUCCAAGUGUCCAGUCAAGCACAGCACCCAGCAGACUCUGCUGGUGCGCAAUGUCGGUAACCUGAAAGCUCGGUACCAGCUGAGCACCCAGAGUCCUUUCUCCGUGGUGCCGGCCACAGGAACUCUGGGCGCUGGUGAAACCCUGCAGGUGACAGUGACAUUUCACCCGCUGACCAAGGGUGACCAUUGCAGCCUCCUGAGCUGCAGCACAGGUGAAGAAAGAAUCCACACAAAGCUCUAUGGAGAAGCUGUAGAUGUCAACGUUGGGCUGAGCACAAAUAUCGUGCACGUUGACACCACCUACAUCACCACAUCUACCCACAGAACCGUGUUCAUUGAAAACAGGAGUAACAUCACAGCCCACUUCCAGUGGAAGGCUUUUCCUACUGAGGAACGUGAGAAUGAAGUGAAGAGGAGGCGGCGCAGUUUGCUGCACUCACCGAGCCAGGUGAGGCUGGAAAAAUUCACGGAGGAGAAAAAAUCAGAGGAGGAGAAAGAUGAAGAUGGCGCUGCUCUCCUGACCAGCAUGGCCCAGGAGAAGAUGGCAGAGGUGCAAGAAGACUCCAUGAUGUUCUCCGAUGACAUUUUUUUCAUUGAGCCAAUGGAGGGAGAAAUCGGGCCGAAUAGUUCGGCCGGAAUCAGAGUGACCUUUAAACCCCUGGACGUACUGGGGUACCAAAGUAUGGCUUACCUCAGCAUCUCAGGCCGUGAGAGCAGGCUGCCCCUGCGCCUCAGAGGGGAAGGCCAAGGACCCUUGGUCGAGUUCAGUUCUCAUACACUGAACAUUGGGGAUGUUUUUGUCAACUCUUCCCACAUCCAUGAGGUGGAACUGAUUAACGAAGGAGCUCUUGAUGCUCCCUUCAGCUAUAUCCCUUCAACCACCAACAUGGGCUCCUGCUUCAAGUUUGAGCCCGAGGAGGGGAUCAUUGCAGCAGGUGGGAACCAGACUAUUCAGAUCUCCUUCAGUGCCACCGUGCUGGGGAGCCUUGAGGAGGAGUUCCAGUUCAGUGUGGCUGGAUCUCCUAUGCCUGCCAUCCUGAACAUCAACCACGACAGCCGGACCUGUGCAAUGCCUUUAACCGAGCCAUUGCCUGCUCUGUCCUCCAGGGGCAGCGUCACCGUGCCAAGCUUAGAGUUCGAUGUCGAUGAGAUCAACUUCGGCGAGAUCCCCUUUGGCUUUCCCCACACGCAGCGCUGCCGCCUCACCAACAGCUCCCCGGUGCCCCUGACGUUCCAGCUCCGCAUGUCGGACGAUGGCACGCAGCCGGCUGUGGACAGCCUGGAUCAGAUCCGCAGAGAAGGUGACCCAUCCUGGAGGAACGGAAUUCAUUUCUAUCUGGAGCCCAAGGAGUUCACCAUCAAUCCCAGCCAGGGCACCAUCCUCCCCCAGGGACACCAGGACAUCGAGGGACCAGCAGAAGAAUUAAGGCAAAAUCUGCCCUUUCUUUACCAUGAAACAAGAACUGGAGGAUAUUACACGUGGGUAAUGAGCUUUUGUAAGGAAGAAUUGACUACUUUUCUCUUGCACCAGGUGACCCUGUGUUCCAACAGCGUGGUGGAUUUCUACCGGAGAAUGCUGGUGGACCUGGAGGGUUUUGGCAAGGGAGUGACAGCACUGGUCAUCACAGCCAGGUACCAGCCCUUGCCUGGCCUCCCCCAGGCACUGCCUUGCCCAGGCUGUGCUGGCCACGUGACAAGGGAAAGUGGCUCACAGAAACAGUGGUGUCUCGUUCCUGAGCUGAGAGUGUACCCUGAAAUCCUGCUGUACGAUGAGUGCCACCUGAAUGUGCCAUACGAGAGGAAGUUCCUCAUUGCAAAUGACACCGACUUUCCUGGCUGCUACGGGCUUAUUCCCCAGGAACACAAUGAGGACUCUCCUGUGCUCUACAGCAGCCCCAAGCCCUGUGGGAUUGUGCAGCCUCACAGCUUUGCCGAGGUCCCAGUUAUAAUCAAAGUCCAAACACUGGACAAGCAUCGCACCGACGUUCUCAUCGGCGUGUUCGGGGAUGAGAGAAACCCCCUGAGACCAGAAUUACGGAGCACUGGACAGCUGGCACAAAUCUACCCAAGUCCCAGGCUGAUAGAGUUUGGCAAGAUCCCAGCACUACAGCCUACUUCACGAAGUCUUACCCUCUUCAACAAAGGUCAUGUCCCUACAGACUUCAGGAUGGAGGUUGUUCGCAAACGCCACUGCUGUACCGUUGAACCCAGCGAAGGAGUGAUCCCUGCUGGGGGUGAGGUGCCUGUGACUGUCACAGCAACCCUGGAUGACAGGGGGCUUUUUUCUGUCCCUGUCCGGGUGUUCAUCGGGAGCAACCUUAGCACUGCCUUCGGGCUGGUGGCUUUGGGCACUGGCACCACAAUUGUCAUAGACAAGCCAUUCAGCCCAGAGCUCAACCUGGGAUACCAAUUCAGCCUGGUGCCCUGUAUUCGUCAGUUCAGAGUAACAAACAGGGGCCACCAUUUCCAUCGGCUCUUCUGGAGUGUGGAAUGCUACAGCCCAUCUGAGCAGGAGGGCCAGAGUGUCUCAGCCCUCAGCAGCCCCAAGGAUGAUUCCCAGAGCCCCAAACGUACCGAGCCUUUGUUUGGGCUGGAGCCGCUGUCGAUGGACCUGCAGCCAGGCCGGUCUGAGGACAUGGUGCUGCGAGGCUUCUCCAGCAUCGCACAGGAGGUGCAGGAUUAUGUGAUGUGUGAAGCUGUCAGUAUGGCAACCAGCAGGACUGAGAAGAUAAUGGAGACAGUCAUUACCUGCAAGUUUAUUCACCCUUCUAUAGAAUUGUCAGCCAGACACUUGUCUUUCCAGGUGACCAAGAAACCCAGUGAUGUCCUGAGGCUGCAGUACCAGCCUUUGGCUAUAAAAAACACCUGCCUGCUGCCACUGGACCUUAUGCUGGGCUUGGAGCAGCCAUUCCUGGUCUGUGAUAAGGAGAAGCAGCCCCUCCCAGAUGGCCAGCCUGUGAGAGUGGGUGUAGGGGAGACCUGCCAUCUCUACAUCGCAUUCGACCCAGCUUAUAAACUGGAUUUUAAGAGCUGGAAAACAGAGAAGCUUCUGAAGAUAGACAUGGUCAGGGGCCAUCCUCUUGUGGAGCGUAUCAUCCUUCGGGGAGAAGUGCACUUCCCAAAUCUCCAAAUGCAGUCCAGAUCCCUGGAGUUUGGCUGCAUUGUGGCUGGCACUGAAGAAGUGCGUUCUCUGAAGAUAACCAACUGCAGCCCACUGCCCGUCCAGUACCACUGGUCAUUCCAUUCCAAGAGCCAGGUUUACAGGUUGAGGGAUGUACUGCACACUCCCGUGGCCACGGAGGAGGUUUUCAGUAUCCUGCCACUGUCAGGUGUGCUGCAGCCAGGAGAGAGCCAGCAGGUCUCCUUCACCUUCUGUAGCCAUUUCAACACCAUCUCCUUCGUCACGGCGCUGUGCCACGUGGAGGGAGGCCCCACCUACGAGCUGAUGCUGACUGGGGAGGCCUCAUGCAUCAGCUACUCCGUGAGCCCCCGGGAGACCUACUGUGGCUCUCAGCUGUUUAAUGAAAUUCAUCACAGCAAUGUCACCCUGGAGAACACUGGCAAGAUGGAAUUCAACUGGGUGCUAAACCCUAGCCCUGCAGACCAGCGUCUGCCUGGUGUGUUUCUGGUCAACCCCACCACUGGCUCCAUUGCACCUGGUGAGAAGCAAGUGCUGGAAUUCUCUUACAUGCCAGGAUUACCAGGAGCCUUCAGCAGGACUUACCAUCUUAAAGUGGGUGACCUGGAACCAGAAAAGAUCUGCCUGAAAGGAGAAGCAUCCUUUCCCAUGAUCACUUUGAACCUGCCCUGGAACAUCAAAGGAGAUGAAACACACGAGAAGCCUCUGACACAGCCCGUAAAACCGCUGCAACAACACAGUCAGAGGAGUAAAUCAGGUGCUCGGAAGAAGACUCAGAGCCUGAAGACUGAGACCUUGAAGUCUCAGACCGCAGAAGCUCAGACUCCAAAGAGUCUGAUUCCGAAGACUCAGGACCUGCAGCCCAGCGUGCUUGCCUCUGGCACUGCAACAAACACUCAGUUGCAGUUAAACAUGGUGAGGAACCUGGUAGUGAAGGCUGCUGUGGAGCUGCAGGAACAGUUCAUGUCCCAGCCCCCGACGAGCAGCUUCCCUGACAAGGAGCUGUGCCAGAGCCUUGUCAAAGUUGAGCUGCCCGAGUAUGUCCUGGACAUGGGCACUGUCCGUAAGGGUUUCACUGAGAGAAGCACUCUGGAGAUCACCAACCAUGGGCAGAUCCCAGUGUCCUUCCAGAUCCAUGUAUCUGUCCUGGAGAACACAGGUUUCAGCGUGGACCUGGACACGGUGGAGGGCCUGCCCCACAGCUACAUCAAGACAUUUGACGUGCGCUUUGAAAGUGCCCGGCGGCCACGGGGUGACGUGGAUGUGGUGCUGCCCAUAGAGGUGACAAAAGGCCCCACAUAUAACAUCCGUCUUCAUGCCACUGUGUCUGAGCUGUCAAUCGAACUGUCCAAGAACAUUGUGCACUACUCUGCCGUCGUUGUUGGGCAGUACAAGGUUGAGACAGUCCACCUCUACAACUGGUUCCGAGUACCCUGCAAAUGGUCCAUCAAGCCUGUUCAGAAGACCAAUCACUGCAAAUACAUGACACCAGCCGUUCGUCAGAAGCAGCAGGCGCUGGAGUAUGAGCCCUGUCCCUUUGAAGUGAAGCCCUCCAAAGGAACGCUUGAUCCAGGAAGGUGCCAGAAUCUGAAAAUCAAAUUUACACCCAAGGAGGAGAGGUCUUACAGUAAUGAGCUAGAGCUUAACAUUUUUGGGAGCAGCAAUCACUUCAAGCUGUACCUCUCAGGACAAGGUCUGGAGCCACGGUUGGAGUUCAGCCCCCCAGAACUAGAGAUGGGAUGGAUGAUGGUGGACAGUGAUGGGAUGGAGGCCACAGUGGUGGUGAAGAACCCAUGCAACUUCCCCAUUGAGUUUUACGCCCUGAAUUUUGAUGAGCAGUACCUUGAGAAGAAGAUCCUGCGGAUGGCAGAGGAGUCUGAGGAUCAUGAAGCACAGAAGUGGCUGAAGGCAGAGCUCAAGGCCAGGGCUGAGGCUGAGGCCAAGGCCAUGGGCAAGGCAGCGGCAGCACGUCACAGAGCUAUCACAUUCCAUCCCGAGUCCGUGGCGAAGGUGGCUGGGAUUCCUUUCUCUCGGGCCGUCCUGCGCCCCCCGGGCACUGCCCCGUCCUCGUGGCGGCGCGAGGCGCAGCCCCACCGAGGGAUUGUUGUCAUCGUCCAUGGGCCGCCCCGGGCAGGUAAAAAGCUCACUGCUCAGAGCAAGAAUAAAGAAGCCGCUGAGGAAAACAUCUACAAGAAGUAUGCCAAAGGCAAGAACCUUCCAGCACAAAAGAAGGAGCCAGCCAAGUUCACAGUUUCCACUGCUCCUGCGCCCCAGCAGCUGAGCAUUGUCAGCAGUCGUGGGGAAGAGCUGAACUGCUUGAGCUGCGUGCUGCCCGAGGAGCUGCUGGUGGACAUCCUCAGUGAGAGGCUGCAGCAGAAAGACUGCUACAAGGGAGUGGUCUUUGAUGGCUUGGAGAGCCUCUUUGCAAGCAGCCUGGAAUCUUCUCUGCUCUGUGUACUCAGAGCUGUCAAGAACUGUCAUCAUAUCUAUGUGGUGAACCUGCAGCAGGAUUAUGCUUCUUGGAAAGCCAAGAACAAAGCUGAAAGAAAGAAGAAGGAAGCUCAAAGAGAGAAGGAAGUGGAUGAGGAUGAGCAUGAUGCCCUCCCUGAGGAGAAGAAAGCAAAAGUGGAUAAAAUAUUACAGGAAAGGAAGAGAACACAGACACAGGGGGAGCUGAAGCAGCCAGCUCAAAAGCUUGAGGAGGAGGCAAAAGCCUUAGAGCAGGAAGAGAGGCAGAAGGAGGAAGAGAAGCCGAAGAAGGAAAAGAAAGUCUCCUUCGGGAAGCAGCCUGCAAAACCAGAGAAGGAAAUCAAAGCUCCAGAGAAGAAGGAAACCAAAGCCCCAGAGAAGGGGGCACCCAAAGCCCCACAGAAGAGGGGAACCAAAGCCUCACAGAAGAGGGGAACUAAAGCCUCUGGGAAGGGGAGAACCAAAGUCCCCAAGGACCCAGCUGAGAUCUUGAUCCUGAGGUUUCAGAUCUAUGAGUCAUCACAGCAGGACAUGGCACAGGUUUUCUCCUACUGGGACAGGGUUCAGGGUACCGUGAAGUUACCCAUGAUCCAAAAGGGAAACAAGUCCCAGCCUGCAGCUGGAAACAAAGGCUGGAAGACCAGUAAGCCUCAGGAGAAGGUGAAGAAGCAGCCUAAACCAAAACAUGAAGGCCAAAGGAGUCUUCAGUCAUCUCAGCUGAGGACACAAAGCAAAGUUGCAGAAGGGGCAGUCAGAGACAAGCAUGUCGGGGUGCCGUGCUUGGACAUCCAGGUCACAGAUCCAAAGGCCAUGAUUGGGGAGAUCCUGAGGGAUGGGAAGCUGCCAACAGAAGACCAGCUGCUGAAACAUCUGGGACUGCAUCCUGACGGCCCUCCCCUUGCCCCUGGUGCUGCGCUCUCCAUAGCCAAGUACCCAGAGGCCAAGGCCCCAGAUGCAAAGGGCAGUUCUGCUGAGAGGCAGCCAAAGAGGGGUAAAGUGGUCAGCAGUGUCAGGUCUGCAAAGGAGAACCAGAUCUCCACACAGAGAACAGAAAGCUCCCAGGAUUCCUCUGUAACAAGAUCCCAAAGUCCUUCGGAAGUGCUGGAAAGAGCCUCAACCCCAGCAGCAUUCCUCAGGCUGAAACGGUACCGGUGGAAAGUGCCUGCCCAAGGUCAGGUGGAACUGAAGGUCAACUUCUUCACCAAAAAGCCAGGGAAGUUUGAGCAGACAAUGAAGUUUGAGAUCGUGCUGUCCAAGCGCCAGUACGAGCUGCCCUGCAGUGUCACCGGCCUGUACCCCAGCAUCAUCCAGAACCCACGGCUGGUGUUUCCACACUGGAGGGAGACCAUGGAGGAGGAUGAAGUCAUCUUCAAGGAAUACGUUGAGAGCACAAAGCAAUUCCACUUUGGCCCGCUGCUGUGUGGGAAGUCAAGAGAGUGGUAUGAGGUCCAGAACUGUCCCGGCAACUCAGAGAAGCUAACCAUCCUCAACAACUCCCCCAUGGUCAUAGAGGUCCACUUCUCUUUUGAGAAAGAUUGGAAAACAAGGACCUUUGUUGCGGACCCUCGCCGCAUGACCCUGAAACCAAAGGAGGGGAAGGAGCUGACCAUUUGGGCAUACCCCACCUCCCCUGGCUUCCUGGAAGACAAGCUCAUCUGCAGCAUUAGGAAGAACCCGGAGCCAGUGGUCUUCAGCCUGUGCUGCCAUGGGGUGGACAUGAAGCUGGAGGUCAGCCCCCUGCAGCUGUCUUUUGACAAGCUGCUUCUGCACAGGGCUGACAGCAGGACCUUGGUCCUGAAAAACAACACCCUGCUGCCCAUGGCCUGGCAGCUCCGUGGGCUGGGUGGCCUUUUUGAGGACUUCUCCCUGUCACAAGAUAAUGGCAUCCUUGAUCCCCACUCAGAGUUUCAAGUGACAGUGCAUUUCAAGGCUGAGCACAUUGGCAGCAUUGAGAAGAUCCUGCAACUAGAGGUUUCAGAUACAGAAAACAUCCUGGGGAAUUUUCAGGCUGAAAACAUCAAAAUCUCUGCAGAGGUCUAUGAAGUUUCUCUGAGCAUUGACAUGCCUGAAGGUGCAGAUGGAAGCUUGGAAUUUGGAACCAUUAAUGUCCUGGAUAAAGUGAAGAAAGUCCUGAGUCUACAGAACAAAGGGGUAUACAACAUUGAGUACAGUUUCACGCUGAAGGGUGCAGGUCCCAAGAUGCAAGACUUGGCAUCCCACUUCACUGUUGAGCCUCAGUCAGGCGUGCUGAUUGCAUCCCGGCCUGGUGAGAAGGUUGAGAUGCUCUUCCACCCCACCAGUGAAAUGGUCCUCAAGAACAAUCCCAUCCUGUACUGCCAGGUGGCAGAUGCCAGCCCAGGUCGAGGACGCCCGGCUGUUGCCAACAUCCCAGUGAGGGUGUCGGCCGAAGCGGAGUACAGCAAGUACAGCAUUGUGCCCGCCUCGCCCACCGACUUCGGAGCCAUGAUCGUGGGCACCAGGAAGACCCGGAGCGUUGUGCUGAAGAACAUAGGCAUGGCCAAUUUCACAUUCUGCAUCCGCCAAACACCCAAGCUUGCAUGUGCGUUGGAAAGCAAAAGUUCAAAGCAAAGGAAAUCUGCUCCAUCAGCUACAAAGCGCUCGACAGGAAAGGAAUCAAGCUUGUCAACACCGGUGGGUGACUCCUGCUGCCCAGCAGUGCUAACUCCCAGUCCACAGAGCUCAGACAACAUCACUUUUUCUUCUUCCCAGUCUCCUACCUCUCUCCUAUCGUUUCUCAGAGCUAUUUCGGCCCUCUGGUGUUACCUCUGGAGGUUGAAGGAUCAAAGCGACCACCUUCAUUCUUUAGAUUCAAACUCCUUUCUCUCUGCCACUUGGGACAGGCUUGCAGCUCCUCUUGGCUUGUUGCUCCCAGCCUGGGGCUGCCAUUGGGCCAUGAAGUCAUCCUUCCCUGCCCUGUGCCUGGGUGCUUGGGCCCAGCUGGAGGCCACGGCAGGACAUACUCUUUGCUGGGGGGCUCAAGGCACAGCUGUUAGCCAUCAGCCUCCUCUGGAACUUUUUCUGCAGAGUCACCUCAAUCUGGGCGCGUUCACGGUGUCCCCCUGCUGUGGCUGCAUCCGCCCGUGUGGCCUGCAGGUGAUCAAAGUGGAGUGCCUCGCAGGGCAGGAGGGCACAUGUGAGCAGCAGCUCUACAUCGACAUCAUGGGCAGAGACCCCAAGGACAACCCCCUGGGCAUUCCCUUCACCCUGAUUGUCGAGUCCUGCCUCCCAGCACUCGUUCAGGAUGUCACGUCAGUCUUCAAGGACUACCCGAUCUGCAGCAGCGCCGACCUUGAGUACAAGCUGCAGUCGCUGGAAGGCAUGGGCCUGUUCGUCAGAGAUGAGAACAGAUUCAUUUUCAACAAGGUUCUGGUUGGGCAGGAGGCAGAAGCUCAUUUCAGAAUUUGCAAUGCAGGCCGUCUGCCAUGUGACGUGGCCCUCUCCAUCCUGCCUGGAGAGGAACAAAUCCCUAUCAACAAUAUUUUCAAUCUGGAUCCUGUCAAGAUGUCCAUUCGUGGCUCAUCCUCUGCCAUUGCUACGGUGACCUUCACCCCGCCAGACAAGCAGAGCUAUGACUGCACCUUCAAGGCUUCCCUUGUCAUCCCCAAAGGCUCUGUGGAAGUUCAACCCCAAAUCCUGACCUUCACCAUCAGCGGGAAGGGGCAGGAGCUGCCGGUGACAGUCGUGCGCCCCAAUGCUCGCAGCAAGAGGGGAACGGCCGUGCUGCGCUUCAAGAGGCUCCAGCUGGAGCAUUCAGAGAUGCUCCCCCUGGUCCUCCGUAACAGUGGCACCAAACCUGUCAAGUUUAUGUUACAGCUGGAGGAUGAGCACGGAGCGUUCUCCUUGAAAGGCAGGGCCUUCACAUUCAAGACAGUCCUCACUGGAGAUAUGGAAGAGGACUCCGUCAGAAACGAGACCAAGCCCCCAAAGCAGACUUUCAUCCUUCUGCGUCAUGGGCAAUCGGCACAGUUUAAGGUCAUUUUCAAACCCACCCUGGCUCAACGUGUGGAAGGGAAGAUUGCUCUGGUAGUGGGGGACAUCUGCAUGACCCUGGUUGAGCUGGUGGGUGAAGGCCACAACGACGAAUUCACCCUCGAUGGAUUAAAGGAAGACACCCAGGAGAGGAAUGCCAAGAGCAGUCUGAGGAAAGACAUCAUUGAUGCUGUCAGAGUGAACCACAUCGAGUUUGGGCACUGUCCUGUCGGGAAGCGCUGCCGCAGGACCUUCACCAUCACCAACCGCACCCUUACGCAGGCCAUGCGCUUUGAGUGGGAUGCAGACGCCCCGUUCCAGUUCUCCCCCAAGGUGGGACACCUCCAUCCUGGCUGUGCCAAGAACAUCGCAGUGAUCUUGAGAUCAGAUGUCCCAGUCACCUUCAGAAGGCACCUUGUGAAAUGUAAGGUGACCAAGAUCAACUUUGAGCUGCCACGAAGGAAGGUUCUAGACUGGGACGACCAAAUGCGCACUGUGACGGUGAAGGAUACCACGUGGAAAGACCCAGCAGGCAGGUGGCCUAAAAAAGAGAAGGUGGUUGAGCCAGUCCUGGAACCAGCUCACACUGUGGUGGAGGAGAGCAGCCAGGAGGCUGAGGUGUACCUCAGUGCUGUUGUUGCCCACGCCCAGUUCAAACUGAGCACAACCGUGGUUGAGUUCAAGGACACCUUGCCCUUCCAGACAAGGACAGCCUUUUUCAGGCUAUGCAACACAGGGAAGAUAGCCCUGGAAUACUCCUGGGAGGAAGCUGGAGAUAGUGAAGCAGCGAUGAGGACUGCUCUGGCACGUAAUUUCCUCUCCUCUGAAACUUUAAGGCGCUGCAGAAACCUGCUGCAUCAAUUUGGGUGGCAGCAGGACCAGGAAACUCAGGCUUUUGAGCUGCGGCUGCUGCAGCGGCUGGCCAAGCACCUGCAGGAUUCCAAGAGGCAGCAGUUUGAGGAGCAGGACUAUCCCAAGAAGCUGCGCAACUCAAAGCGCGUUGGUUCCGCCCUGGAAAUCUUCCCAGACGCCAUCUAUGACCUGCCACUGUUCUCCAUCAAGCCCUACCACGGCAUCAUCACUCCUGGCCAGAAGCAGGCCUUCCAAGUGCAGUUCUCCCCAAAGUGCGCGGGGAUGUUCCAGACCACCCUGCUGUGCAGAAUUUCUAACCUGAAUCCAGCUGAGAAGAUGAGGCAGGUGACUGUGAAAGGCAGAGCCUUGGAGCAGAAGAUUCUUGGUAGGGCAGAUGGAGAAAGGCCAGGGAGCCAAGGAUCAGGUGCCCUGGAAAGCAGCACCUGAGGGACAGCAUUUGUGCCAGCUGGAGCUCCUGCAGGAGGCAGCAACAUCGUGCCUUCUGCUGCUGCUGGUCUCCCAGCCUUCACCAGAGACCUCUGCAGCUACCCUUCCGAGCUCCAGUGAAGACCUCUAGCCAACCUUUAAUCACCUACAUAACUGUUAAUUAGAUUGAUAAUAAUUCAUUUUCAACAAUUAAUUGUUAAUAAACAAUUGCUAAUACAUGGUUAACCGUCAGCUUGUCUUGGUUGGAAAGACAGGUGUCUGCGGGACCUCUCUGGAAUGGAAAAUGUGACCUCCUCCUCUCCAAAUUAUUAUCACUUUGAAAUUAAGGGGCUUUCAGGCAAAGAUAUGGGAGAAGUUCUUUGCCAGUAUGUACAACAAGGCAAACAAA